CUUCUCAUUAAAUCCACAAAGAAAGAAAAAAAAAAAAAGACAAAGAGGGAAAAGAAGAAGAAGAAGAGAUUUGAGUGGGUGAGAUUGUUUGUGACAGAGAGAAGACACAUCUUCUACUUGUGUGUCUAGUGUAGUGUGUUAUAUAUUACAGUAAGCGUUGUAAUACAAACGUCUCGAGAAUUUUCUGGGUCUUUUCUCCUCGUCCUCUUUCUUCUUCUUAUCCUCCGUCUCAAGGUGUCUGUUCUUAGAGAGACCAAAAGGAAAGCAUUCAUCUUUACCAGUUUGAUCCAAAAUCAAAAUCUGGGUUUCACCACAAAGUUUGGAUCUUUCCAUCUCUCUGUCAAGAACUUUGAGUAUGUCUUCUGUAGCAGUGUUAUGGGUUGCUCCCUCUUCUCCAAAUCCAGACCCAAUGAACAAUCCUGGGUUAAUAAGAGUUCUAGAAUCUUCUAGAUUGCUUUCUCCUUGUCUGAAUCAGAGACUCGACACUGGCAAGAGGAGUUCUUCUUCUUCUGUAAUGAGCUGCAGAAGAAGAUUAAGUAGUGCUGUCUCUUCAAGUUUAGUAGCAAGUCCUGCUGCAGGAGAGAUAACCCUCUCAUCUGAAGAGAAGGUUUACAACGUUGUGCUGAAACAAGCAGCUCUGGUUAACAAACAGCUUAGGGACCUUGAUGAUCUGAAGAAGCCACAGGAUAUUGUUCUUCCUGGGACUACUACUGGGAGUUUGAGUUUGUUGGGUGAAGCUUAUGAUCGAUGCGGCGAAGUUUGUGCUGAAUAUGCUAAAACGUUUUAUCUCGGAACUUUGCUUAUGACACCUGAGAGGCGAAAGGCCAUUUGGGCUAUCUAUGUUUGGUGUAGAAGAACUGAUGAACUCGUAGAUGGGCCUAAUGCAUCACACAUAACACCCAUGGCGUUAGACAGAUGGGAAGCAAGGUUAGAAGAUCUCUUCCGUGGCCGUCCUUUCGAUAUGCUUGACGCUGCUCUAGCUGAUACAGUUGCUAGAUACCCCGUCGAUAUUCAGCCAUUUAGAGACAUGGUAGAAGGAAUGAGAAUGGAUCUGAGGAAGUCUAGAUACAAGAACUUUGAUGAUCUCUACCUUUACUGCUACUAUGUAGCCGGAACCGUCGGUUUGAUGAGCGUUCCGGUUAUGGGGAUCGAUCCUAAGUCCAAAGCAACGACAGAGAGUGUUUACAACGCUGCCUUGGCUCUCGGCAUAGCCAAUCAGCUUACCAACAUACUCAGAGACGUUGGCGAAGAUGCGAGAAGAGGAAGGGUUUAUCUGCCGCAAGAUGAGCUAGCUCAGGCUGGUCUCUCAGAUGAAGACAUAUUUUCUGGAAAAGUCACUGAUAAAUGGAGAAACUUCAUGAAAAUGCAGCUUAAGCGAGCAAGAAUGUUCUUUGAUGAAGCUGAGAAAGGUGUUACUGAGCUUGACGCAGCUAGCAGAUGGCCGGUAUGGGCAUCGCUCCUAUUGUACAGGAGGAUAUUGGACGAGAUUGAAGCGAAUGAUUACAACAACUUUACGAAGAGGGCUUAUGUUGGGAAAGCGAAGAAGAUUGCAGCUCUCCCAUUAGCUUAUGCUAAAUCAAUACUAAAGGCUUCAAGUUCAAGAUGAAUGAGAGAAGCAAGAGGAUUCAACCGAAGAGGGUUUUUGUGAUAAAGUAAAAACAUAGGGUCGAAUUUAUGAUGUUAAGUUAACUAAUAUUUACAUAUAAUGGUGGGGAAAUAAAUUUUUAUGAUGUUUAAUUAUUUUUCUCCAUGUAAAAAAAAGUAAAUUUCUUUUCUUUUAUUUCUCUUGGGUAAUGAAGAAAUAGGAAUAUUUUUGUUGGUGGA